ACAGCAAAAACUUCCACAGCAAAAACGACACCAAAAGGUCAGCAAAACACAAAGAAUAAAACCACUCCCACAACACCACCCCAGAGGUCAACAAAUACUCAACCCAAUAGAAAAACUCGCCCCACUAGCACCGCUGAAAAAACGUCUACAAAAACGACAUCAAAAGGCAAUGAUAAAGGACAUACCACCACAACAAAUGCGAUGUCAGCUAAAGAAUUUGAGAAACGUCUCAAAGCGUUUGACAACAAGACGUUUUCACGAUAUUGGGAAGUUUUCAAGAAGGUUUUGAAACAAAAAGGUCAGCAAUUAGAAAAAUCUUCCCCACCCACAAAAGUCACCACUACCAAAAAAGGUUCAAAAAAGUCCCCAACUCAGUCAGAAAAAUCUUCCCCAAGCAAAAAAGUCACCACUGCCAAAGAAGGUCCAAAAAAGUCCCCAACUCAGUCAGGAAAGGAUUCCGUAACUACAAAGACCGACACGACCACUACCAAAGCAGGAGAUAACAUGAAAAACAGUAUUGGUAGUAAUGGUGGCAACGACCAUGCUAAGUCAGGGCCAAAGUUUCCAUCCAAAACGCCCGAGUCGAGUCAUUUUGCUGUCGUGUUUCUGGUUUUGAUCGCCUUGUUAUUUGGCCUGUAUGCUUUGUAUCACAACAGACAGAAGAUAAUAGCAGUUGUUGUCGAGGGACGUUCCGGACACGGUCGUAGUGCCCGCGAGCGCUAUAGAAAACUGGAUAAUUCACCCGAAGAUAACGAAGUUCGAAUUAAAAACAGUAAUGAAGUAUAUGUGUACUAAGUUAUUGUAACUACUCUUAACCACCACCCCCCAACCUCUCUCCUGUUUUUUUUUUAUUAAUUUUGUUAAACCUUGCAAAGUUCAACCCUUGGUUGGCCGUGUUUAACCACGUUGACUUAACUAUACCCGCGUUCUUAGCCUACAUUUGCAUUUGAGCCUGGAAAAUUAAAGUUUAUACAUUCACUGAAAAUCUUUAUAAUUAUUAUUAAGCAAGAAAACAUAGGGACACUGAUAAAGAAGAUAGCUGUAUAAUUUAACUAUGAAUAACGUGGGGUUUUUUAUUAGAUUUGAUAAAAUUUGUAGAUCCUUCGAAAUGGUGAGAUCUGUAGGUGCACAACAAGACACUGACGAGAUUGAUUUUAGUUUUGAAAAUAGUUAAAUUUGACGCAAACUUUGUGAAGAACUUUAUAAAUGUUAUAUUGUUUCUAUAGGUAAUAACUAUAAUAAAUAGUGUUCGAAAAUCA